GGGCUCCCUCUGCCUGAAGAAUGGCAGAUUUUCUCCCCUCCACACCCCCAACUCUUCUUCUCCUUUUUUGAGACAAGAUCUUGUUAUAAAGCUCUGGUUGUCCCAGAACUCUGUAUGUAACCGACCAGCCACGAACUCAUAGGUCGUGCCUUUGGCUCCCUACUGGGAUCAUGCGUGCUGGCUGCCACACCCAGCCUCUGCCCACAUCCUUUGACAAAGUCUGGAUGUGGCCAAAACUUUGGUUUUGUUGUUUGUUUUAGAUUUGUUUUCCUUUUAUUUACAUGUACUCUGUGUGUCUGUGUGAAUACGCAGAGUCCAUGUCACAUGCACGCACGCACCUGCCCACACAUGUCACAUGCACCCAUGCACCUGCCCACACAUGUCACAUGCACGUAUGCACCUGCCCACACAUGUCACAUGCACGUAUGCACCUGCCCACACAUGUCACAUGCACGUAUGCACCUGCCCACACAUGUCACAUGCACCCAUGCACCUGCCCACACAUGUCACAUGCACCCAUGCACCUGCCCACACAUGUCACAUGCACGCACACACCUGCCCACACAUGUCACAUGCACCCAUGCACCUGCCCACACAUGUCACAUGCACCCAUGCACCUGCCCACACAUGUCACAUGCAUGUAUGCACCUGCCCACACAUGUCACAUGUACCCAUGCACCUGCCCUCACAUGUCACAUGCACGUAUGCACCUGCCCACACAUGUCACAUGCACCCAUGCACCUGCCCACACAUGUCACAUGCACCCAUGCACCUGCCCACACAUGUCACAUGCACACACACACCUGCCCAUACAUGUCACAUGCACCCAUGCACCUGCCCACACAUGUCACAUGCACCCAUGCACCUGCCCACACAUGUCACAUGCAUAUAUGCACCUGCCCACACAUGUCACAUGUACCCAUGCACCUGCCCUCACAUGUCACAUGCACCCAUGCACCUGCCCACACAUGUCACAUGCACCCAUGCACCUGCCCACACAUGUCAAAUGCACGUAUGCACCUGCCCACACAUGUCACAUGCACGUAUGCACCUACCCACACAUGUCACAUGCACGCACGCACCUGCCCACACAUGUCACAUGCACGCACGCACCUGCCCACACAUGUCACAUGCACCCAUGCACCUGCCCACACAUGUCACAUGCACCCAUGCACCUGCCCACACAUGUCACAUGCACGCACGCACCUGCCCACACAUGUCACAUGCACGUAUGCACCUGCCCACACAUGUCACAUGCACACACACACCUGCCCAUACAUGUCACAUGCACCCAUGCACCUGCCCACACAUGUCACAUGCACGUAUGCACCUACCCACACAUGUCACAUGCACGCACGCACCUGCCCACACAUGUCACAUGCACCCAUGCACCUGCCCACACAUGUCACAUGCACGUAUGCACCUGCCCACACAUGUCACAUGCACGCACGCACCUGCCCACACAUGUCACAUGCACGUAUGCACCUGCCCACACAUGUCACAUGCACACACACACCUGCCCAUACAUGUCACAUGCACCCAUGCACCUGCCCACACAUGUCACAUGCACGUAUGCACUGCCCAUAGAGGCCAGGCGAGAGAGAGUCCUGUCCAGGAACUGGAGUUCUAGGUGCUUGUGAGCCACCUGCCGUGGGUACUGGGAGCUGAGCUCAUGUCGUCUGAAAGCAACACGCAUCUGUACCUCACACCCCACACACAUAGAACAACAACAGCAAAACUCAGAACAACAAAAACAAACGCAGAACAGGACUAAAGUGUGAGUUGGUAGGGCAGGUGGUCUAGCUCUGUGGAAGAAUGUUCGCCCGGCAUACAGGAAGUCCUGGCUUUGAACCCCCAAUCUGACAAAGCAGCAAAACCAGUGCUUACUCUGUUGGAGGAUGGCUUCGCCCUCUGAGACUUUGCUUGGUUUGAAAUGAGACCACAUGAGCAGCUAGAAGUCAGAGCAGGAGUUAGGAAGAGAUUAACCAGUAUCAUCUCGUCCCCACGGACUCU